UCUGCGUUUCCUAAACCCUCUCUGAGCCUGCGACGAACGAGGAGGGGGCUAUUAUGCCCCUGUCGUCUUCUUUCUAGGGUUUAUCAAGCUUUUCGCUGUUCUGAUUUGGCUUCGUGGUAUCUAGCAGGUCGAGUUAUGGUGUCUGAGAAUCAAUCUGAAAAUCUGACCAGUGCCCCUCUUCAGUCUUUGCAGUUCCCAAAUAUGAUUGCUAGUGAAAAUAUUGUAAAGAAGAAAUUGAAGAUCAAAAUUACCUCCAAACGCAUUGAAGCUAAUCCUGGGAUAGAAUCAUGUGAAUUUGGCCAGCAGGUGUUCAUGAAUGAUGAAUGUCAUCAGAGCAUUCCUCUGAAUGAUAAGAAGUCUGAGAUGAAUAAAUCACACAAGUUAGUGAUUUCUUCUUCUGGUGACAGGAAAUUGUAUGCUGCUGAUAACUUAAAGAUCAAAUCAGCUGCAAUGGGUUCUCUCAAGCGUGGGCUACAAGGGGUGGAGGAUGGUCAAAAGGAGAAGAGACGGAAAAUGGAUCGUAGUGUGACACAGCAGUGUUCUAGCAUUCUGAAACAGUUGAUGACUCAUCCCUCUGGGUGGGUUUUCAAUCAUCCAGUUGAUCCUGUGAAGCUUAACAUUCCUGAUUAUUUCUCUGUAAUCUCUGAACCCAUGGAUUUGGGGACAAUAAAAUCCAAAUUGACAAACAAUAGGUACUGCAGCGUUGAAGAGUUUGCAGCGGAUGUCAGGCUGACCUUUUCUAAUGCCAUGGUGUAUAAUCCUCCUGCUAACGAAGUUCAUCUCAUGGCUAAGAAACUGAAUAAUAUUUUUAAUACAAGAUGGAAUAGUUUGGAGGCAAAGUGGAAUCAUGGGCCCAUAAAUGUGGAGCAGGGGCAUACUUCAAAUGGAAGUGCAAAGAAUAUGCAUAAUACAGGGCAGAGUGGCCAUAAAACAUCCCCCAUGCCUGUUAGUUUGUUGCCCAAAAGCCUGUUGUCUGCUGAGGAAAGGCAGAAGUUGAGAAAACAACUUUUCGAAGUAUCAAGGGCAAAGAUGCCUCCACACUUGCAGGGUUUACUUAAAAAAUUUGGGUUCAACUGCCAAAGAGAAGGAAGGAUUGAGGUGGACAUAGAUGCCUUUGACGAAGAAACUUUAUGGGAGUUGAAAAGAAUUAUACAAAGCUCAUUGGGUGGUAAAGCUGCAAAAGCUGAGCCUGCAAAAAAGACACAAAAUGGCAAGCAACAGUCAAUAGGGAAGAUUAUCCACAAAGGCACUGAUAGUGGUAAUAAAAGAGCUUCCGGCUCUGCCAAUGUUAAUCUGCCGUUGGACUUAGAGACCUCCAAAUGUGGUUCAUGUGGUAGUAUGAGACGCCAAUGCAGCCUUCAAAGUGAUUAUGCUCGUGCAUCUUCAAGUGAUUUGUCUUCAGAAAUAUCACUAGAACAAAACCAUCAUGAUGCUUCCAAAAGGGACUGUGAGGCAAAGUCAGCAUCCCAGAUGAGCAAAUCAGAUCUGGACCCUGAUGGGGCUGUAAGCGUUUUAGAUGAACGUAUUGGUUCUAGUCCACAACUAUCAAUUCUAGCUACAACUGGUGGUUCUGGGGAAGGUUGGACUCCGCUUAUCGACAUCCAACUAUCACCAAAGAAGGCUCUCCGUGCUGCAAUGCUAAAGAGGCGCUUUGCAGACACGAUUUUGAAAGCAAAACAGAAGACACUCCUAGAUCAUGGUGAUAAAGCUGAUCCUGUGAAAAUGCAGCUGGAGAAGGAGAGACUGGAAAGGCAGCAGAAUGAAGAGAAAGCUAGAAUAGAGGCCCAAAUCAGAGCUGACGAAGCAGCUUCACGAAUGAGGGCACAAGCUGAAUUGAAAAUGCAGCGGGAGCGAGAGAGAGAAGCUGCUCGAUUAGCGUUGCAAAAGAUGGAGAAAACUGUUGAGAUUGAUGAUAACCUUGAGAUAUUGAAAGAUCUUGAGAUGCUAAGCAGGUGCUCGGUAUCUUACCAUCUCCGUGGAAGUGAAGGGCCUGACUUUGUGAUGGGUCCAACUAUGUUGGGUCACUUUGGUAAUGCAUUGGAACGGCUGGGUUUGUUUAUGAAGGAUGAUUAUAUUAUGGGAGAUGAAGAUGACGAGGAAGCUAUCUUGAAUGGAGAUGGAGAGGAGGGGGAGAUAUUUUCAUGAAGUGUAAACUCUUUUGUUUGUUCUCUCUUUCUCUCUCUUCCAACUCUGCUUGUUUGUUGGUAAACCUUUAGUGAGAGGCAGUUGAUAGUUGUAAAUGAUAAUUAAUAUUUACUAUUUUCUCUCGGGUAGAUGUAAUUCUGUGAUUUUUCUAAAUUUUUUACUAAAUAAAUGACUAAAUGUCCUACAUGGGUGUGGGGUUUGCAAAAUUGCGGAUUCCAUAUCCAUGUGAGACAUUUGGUUAUUUAUUUGGUAGAAAAUUUGGUAUCCCUAGUAUUACUCUUUGUAUUCGGUGAACAUUGGUCUAUAUAUAUAUUUAAUACAAGGUUAGGGGAUCUUCCCAUUUCAGAUUGUU